CGAUGGAAUUCCCGGCAUGCCUCGCGGCGGCGGGCUCAUGGCACCGGGGGCGCGGCUGCGGUUCCUGUUGGCGGUGUGGACGCUGGCUGUUCUGGCCCGGUGCAGCGCCGGGGAGGCGGGCGAUGGAGGGUGGCAGCGGCGCGGGCCCGGGGCGCCGGCGGCCCUGGCGGAGGAGCAGCGCUGCGCGGUGGAGCGUCGGGCGGACCUCAGCUACUCCGAGUUCGUGCAGCAGUACGUGCGUCCCCUCGCACUGGCCACCCGUCCCACACCUCACUACGCCUUUUCCAGACCCGUCAUCCUGCAGGGGCUCACAGACAACUCGAGGUUCCGGGCUUUGUGCUCCCGAGAAAGGCUACUGGACUCCUUUGGGGACAACGUGGUACGACUGAGCACUGCCAAUACCUACUCCUACCGGAAAGUGGACCUGCCCUUUCAGGAGUAUGUGGAGCAUUUGCUGUAUCCCCAGGACCCUACCUCCCUGGGCAACGACACCUUGUAUUUCUUUGGGGACAACAAUUUCAGCGAAUGGGCAUCGCUCUUUCAACACUACUCCCCACCACCAUUUAGUCUGCUGGGUACUACUACUGCUUACAGCUUUGGAAUUGCAGGAGCUGGUUCUGGGGUGCCCUUCCACUGGCAUGGGCCCGGGUUCUCAGAGGUGAUCUACGGCCGCAAGCGCUGGUUCCUAUACCCCCCUGAGAAGACACCAGAGUUCCAUCCCAACAAAACCACGCUGGCCUGGCUUCAGGACGUGUACCCAACCCUGACAUCAUCUGCGAGGCCCUUGGAGUGCACCGUCCAGGCUGGUGAGCAGGUGCUGUAUUUCCCAGACCGGUGGUGGCAUGCCACGCUCAACCUGGACACCAGUGUUUUCAUCUCUACCUUCCUCAGCUAGCCAGAGUGGGCGGCUGGUAGUCCGGGAUGUCUCGCUUCUGCAGCACAUGGGGUGAGGUCAGGCACCAGGACAGGGACACUGCUCUAAUUCCUGCUACCCAGAGGACAGACAACGUACCUUUCUCUUCUCGUCCACCUGGGAGAAAAGCUCAUCC